AUGCAGGCCAGCAGCCACACCCAAGCAAACCAGCAGCCACACACCCAAGCAGGUCAGCAGCCACACGCGAACGCAAGCCAGCAACCACACACCGGCAGGCCAGCAGCCACACCCAAAGCAAGCCAGCAGCCACACCCAAGCAGGCCAGCAGCCACGCACCAAAGCAGGCCGGCCACCGCAAGCAAGCCAGCAGCCACCGCAAGCAGGCCAGCAGCCACACCAAGCAAACCAGCAAUACACCCAAGCAGGCCAGCAGCCACACCCAAACAAACCAGCAGCCUGCGCAAAACAGGCCAGCAGCCACGCAAAAGCAAGCCAGCAGCCACACCCAAGCAAGUAGCAGCCACACGCAAGCAGGCCAGCAGCCACACCUGCAAGCCAGCAGCCACACCCAGGCAGGGCAGCAGCCACACGCAAGCAGGCCAGCAGCCACACCAAGCAAGCCAGCAGCCACACCCAAACAGGCCAGCAGCCACCACGCAAGCAGACCAGCAGCCACACCCAAGCAGGCCAGCAGCCACACCCAAACAGGCCAGCAACCACUGUGGAGCCAGCGUACACCCAGCAGGCAGCGUACACCCAAAGCAAACCAGCAGCCACACCCAAGCAGGCCAGCAGCCACACCCAAGCAAACCAGCAGCCACACCCAAAACAGGCCAGCAGCCACACCCAAGCAGACCAGCAGCCACCAACAAACCAGCAGCCCAAAAGCAAAGCCAGCAGCCACACCGAAACGGGGCCAGCCACACCCAAGCAGGCCAGCAGCCACACCGGCAAGCCAGCAGCCACACCCAAGCAGGCCAGCAGCCACACCCAAAGCAGGCCAGCAGCCACACCCAAGCAGGCCAGCAGCCACACCCAAGCAAGCCAGCAGCCACCCAAGCAGGUGUAGCCACACCCAAGCAGGCCAGCAGCCACACCCAAGCAAGCCAGCAGCCACACCCAAACAGGCCAGCAGCCACACCCAAACAGGCCAGCAGCCACCCCAAAGCAGGCCAGCAGCCACACCCAAGCAGGCCAGCAGCCACGCAGGCAGGCCAGCAGCCACACCCAAGUAGGCCAGCAGCCACACCCAAGCAGGCCAGCAGCCACGCCCAAGCAGGCCGCUUGUACACCCAAGCGAGCCGGCAACCCACAUCCAAGCAGGCCAGCAGCCCACACCCAAACAAGCCAGCAGCCACACCCAAGCAAACCAGCAGCCACACCCAAGCAGGCCAGCAGCCACACGCAAAGCAGGCCAGUAAUAGCCACACCAAACAGGCCAGCAGCCACAAACGCAGCAGCCACACUGCCCAAGUGACCAGCGUACUGGCAGGCCAGCAGCCACGCAAGCAGGCCAGCAGCCACGCAGGCAGGCCAGCAGCCACCCAAGUAGGCCAGCAGCCACACCCAAAACAGGCCAGCAGCCACACCCAAGCAGGCCAGCAGCCACACCCAAGCAGGCCAGCAGCCACACCCAAGCCAGGCCAGCAGCCACGCAGCAGGCCAGCAGCCACACCCAAGCAGGCCAGCAAGCCACACCCAAGCAGGCCAGCAGCCGACCACCCCACAGCUAGCAGCCACACUCAAAGCAGGCCAGCAGCCACACCCCCAAGCAGCAGCUACACCCAGCAGGCCAGCAGCCACGCAAGCAGGCCAGCAGCCACACCCCGUGGGCCAGCAGCAUCCCAAGACCGGCAGCACACCAAGCAGGCCAGCAGCCACACCCAAGCAGGCCAGCAGCCACACCCAAGCAGGCCAGCAGCCACACCCCAAGCAGAAGCAGCGCAGGCAGGCCAGCCUUGCAGCCACAGCAGCCACCCAGCCACCCAGGAGCCAGCAUCCCCAGCAGCCACACCCAAGCAGGCCAGCAGCCACACCCAAGGAGGCCAGGCAUGCCAAACCCAGGCAGGCCAGCAGCCACACCCAAGCAGCAAACAUGCCCAGCAGCCAGCAGGCCAGCAGCCAAACCCAGGCAGGCCAGCACACCCAAGUAGGCCAGCAGCAACACACCCAAGCAGGCCAGCAGCCAAACCCAGGCAGGCCAGGCCACACAACCAAACAGCAACCAAACACCAGCAGCCACACCCAGUAGGCCAGCAGCACACCCAGUAG